AUGCGUCUUUCGGGUUUUAUUAUUGUUUGUUACAGACAAAAUAUCGGGAAGAUACUGUUGACAAUAUUUCGUACUGCCAUUAACAAUGAAACGAGCAUUAACGUCGACGAGAUCAUGCAGUCGGUACAGAAAAUCGUCGAAGGUACCGAUAUCCGGAUACAGUCCAGUCUUGUGAAAGAGGUGCCACAGGUGGCGACGAUCUGCCAGGAGGCGCCGCAUUUAUUCGGCGACGUUUUCCACGAUCAUCUGCUGAACUUCGUUAUAAAAUACCUGCAGGACUCGGACAGUCAGGUACGACUCACGGCCGAGGAAGCGGUGUUGGUGCUAAUAAAGAGGGGACUUCUAGACAACAACGCGAUCGAGGUCAAAAUCUGCCCCGUUAUCGACGUCCACUGUAGGUCCAUCCAUUUCCUUAACUGGGGCAUCGCCCUGAUGAUCAAGAUAGCGCGGCUGAUCGGCAAAGAGGCGACGGAAGAGCUUUUUCUGGACAGAUACAUCACCCUCUGCAAAGACGAGGAUGUUUUCAUUAGAAAGAUUACCAUUCUGCGGUUCCCGGAGCUUUGCGUCGUCGUCAGCAGAAACGCGCUGUUCAGAGAACUGUUGCCGAUCUACAUAGACCUGAGUUGCGAGAAAAUAUGGGGCAUCCGAAAAGCGUGCGUGGACGUGAUGAUGCCAUUCUCUUGCUGCGUGACUCGUCAGCACCGGCGAUUCCUGCUGGCAGACCUCUUGGCCAUGCAUUUGAACGACGAAUCGAAAUGGGUGCGAGUGACCGCCUUUCAGAUUUUGGGACCAUUCAUAUCCACGUUCGCGGAACAGUUCACCGACAUCACCUACAACGAACAGGGCGAGCUAGAGUUCACCAGACAACAGGAUAGCGGUUUCAGUAUAAAGUACACGUACGAGGACAUCUUCCCCAUGACCUGCCGAAUACAAAGCCACACUGUCGACGCGGAGGAAAAUAGUUCUAAGGAAAACUUCAAUUCGUCUGUGAUAAUAGAAAAACCAAUUUACGAGGAGGAGGACGAGUCACAGGAAGAUGACAUUUCCACGAUGAAAGCGUGCAAGUGGAAAAUACAGAAGUACUAUAAUAUGAAAAUGGACGACCCGGAAAAGUACAAUUCCUUUUUAUACUAUUACAUAGCGCCGGACUGCCCGCCCGAUGACGAGCUGGUCGAAGCUGCGAAGAGAUCCACGGUACAGAGUAACAACAAUCGGAAAUCGGCGAACAAAAAUUCGAACAAAACGUCCACGUUAAACGACUUCUUCAACGAGGAUAAAUGCGAGGCGGGAGACUUCGACUCGAUUAACUUCCACGAGCAAGAGAUCGUCCCUCAGCAUUUGAUCGACUCGUUUUUAUGGAUGGCCGAUCUGAAACAGUGUUUGGACACGGGCGCGGACAUCCCACAUCACUGUGCUUUCAGCUUUCCCGCAGUCGUCCUCACGUUGGGCAAGGAAAAGUGGCCUUACUUGAAGGAAGCUUAUCAAUGUUUAGCGAUGGCGGAGCAGUGGAAGGUUAGGCGCACAGUCGCUUCCGGUAUCCACGAAAUCGCCGCCAUCUUGGGCGAAGACCUCACGUCCGACGAACUCUUGCCCAUCCAUUACGGAUUCAUCAAAGAUUUGGACGAGGUCAGAAUAGGCAUUCUGAAGAAUCUCGCGACUUUUUUGCACCUCCUCCAAUCUCAAGAUCGUUAUCAGUAUCUGCCAAUCCUCAAGGAAUUCCUCACGACCGACAACGAAUGGAACUGGAGAUUUCGAGAAGAGUUGGCCACGCAGCUGCUCGAAGCAGUGACGUUGUUCAAACCGUACGACGUGGAGCGUCACAUCGUGCCGUUGUCCUUUCAGCUUCUUAGCGACAAGGUCGCUGCCGUGAGGCAUGUUGCGCUUUCCUUGGUAACGAAGAUCGUGGCAUAUCUGUCGUUGCACAAACGACCGGCACCAAUGUUGUUCCAAGAACUAAGGUGUUCCCUGGGCGUGUAUGCGCAGAAGUGGAUCAGGCGUCAGACAUUCGCGUUCCUAUGCGGCCAGUUGAUAUCCAGCAAUGCGAUCACUGGCACCAAGUUCUCGCUGGAAUUGCUACCGCUUCUGUUAAAGCUGUCAUCGGAUAAAGUACCGAACGUGAGAUUGGCCGUAGCGAAAACUUUAAAGAACAUUCCCGUGGGACCGGAUUGGUUAGACAGAAAGGAGGCAGAAAAAAUCGAAGAAAGGCUCCGAGAAAUGCGUUCAGAUCCAGAUAGAGACGUUCGAAUAUUAGUUGGCGGCGAGGAGAGUCCCACGCUUGAUAUACUGUCGGAUAGUAAAACGGAACCAUCUAGGAACAUACUGUUUUAACAAAUACAGACGAACCAAAAAGUACCAUGUAAAAAUGAGCUCAACUUUAAACGAACAGGAACGGAACAGAACAGAAGGAAAAUGUACCAUUUAGUGCAUCUACAUAGACAAAGGGAAUAAAGUGCGAUUUAUUGUUGUCAACGACCAAGGGACCGACGUUUUCUGCGCCCUUUAGACUCUAAGUAUCAACGGUCAAAAGACAUUAACGCAGCUACGUAAGAGAGUGUGUGUGCGCGUGUUCUGAAAGGAGUUAACUGUAUGCAUGUUUAGUAUUCGCGGGUAUGUAUGCGUUCACCAUUGUGAUCAAUUUGUACAUGUAAGUGGUCCCUUGGACGAUAUAACUAAUUAAGCCGGAUAUAACUAAUCGGAGAUCCCGCCAUCGACGAGUUCUCUUGUUCUUUGGUAAAUGAUCAUAGGUACGUACUCCUCGGCGCCGUGAUAUACAGAGUAUCCCAGAAAGUCGUGGUGCAAUCGGCAGAGAAGUAACUCACAAGUUAAACGAUAAGAAGAGGAACAAAAGAAACAACUCGUUUUAUUUUUUUUACUUUUUUAACUUUGUGUCUCGCGUGUUUUCGUGCUGCGUCCCGUUCACUUACACCAACGUCGCCGUUAAACGGUUUGAUCCUUUUACGCCUAGGAACGCCGCAGCGUAUAAGAACCUAUAGCCGAGUGUGAACUGAAAUCUAUAAUACUGAAAAAAAGGUCAGAACGAAAGGAAACCUCCGUUACACGAUGUAUCGAAUAUCAUUGGUAAUCGUGUUAUAUUACUGUGAUUUUGUUUACGCGCGAUUACAUGAACGAAUGUGUACCGUUUCUCAUGUAGAUAUGUAAACGUUUAAGUAAUGCGGGCGUGGAUGCUUGCCGACCUCCAAAUGUCUAAUGAAUUGGAGUUCGUGAACAUUUCGAAAAUUCUCGGCGACUCGUCGAAUGUUACUAUACAAACGUGUGCGAAUCACCGUUUUUACAAUUAAAGAAAAUGUUAGUUUAUAAGCAACGAUAAACAAUACAACACCGCUGUUAAAUAAACCAACAUGUGUAUAAUAAUGAGAUUUCUACGAGUGUAUAAAUACAUGCGAACUUUAGACAAGAGCAGACUGUAGACAAGAGGAAACAGAGUAUCCGUUAAAUUGAACAAAAUUUGUACAUUUUGUGAAAUGACUGAUAGCGUAUGUUGAUACUACAAGAAUAUUCGUGAGUAACGGGUUCAAACGUCUCCGUAAUCGUUAAUAUUUUGUGACGAUCGCUGACUAAGAGCAGAUUGUCGUGUUGAGAUUCGACUGUUUGUGAAAAUAAGCUGCUGUGAACUUCUUACAAGCAAUGAACAUUCGUUACUUAUGAAUACGUGCGAAGAAAGCAAGAAAGAAGUUUUGUUUAUAAUAUUCUGUAUAAUAUAUUGUGUAUUUGGUAAUGAAACGAUACAAAAAAAUACAGGCGAUUUG